GUCGAGGUUUGGUACGAGCAGGCGCCUACUGCGCCAUUCUCGGGUCAAGAUGGAGUCGAGAGUGUAUUAGGUAGUGAUAGUGUUUCCACUCAUUUAUGUGGAGAGCAGAGAUUGUUUGCUGUGAGCGACCUCAUUGGCACCGAGCAUAUGGUAUACGGUCAUUCGGUUGCGGCAAUCGCCACGGCAAUGAAGCCUACAGUGGUAUUCAAG